UGAUUCCGAAAGUCCCAACUUUUCAAAAGUUAGAAGCAAAAAAGUGAAAAAGUAAGGAAAAGUUGAAGUUUACACCCGCGUAUCUCAAAAUCCAUUGUAAAUUUCUUGCCAUCCGCAAUGCUUUUUUAAACCGAACAUUUCAAAAACUGUUUUGCUAUUGAAUUGAUUCCGAAAGUCCCAACUUUUCAAAAGUUACAAGCAAAAAAGUGAAAAAGUAAGGAAAAGUUGAAGUUUACACCCGCGUAUCUCAAAAUCCAUUGUAAAUUUCUGGCCACCCGCAAUGCUUUUUUAAAUCGAACGUUUCAAAAACUGUUUUGCUAUUGAAUUGAUUCCGAAAGUCCCAACUUUUCAAAAGUUAGAAGCAAAAAAGUGAAAAAGUAAAGAAAAAUUGAAGUUUACUCCCGCGUAUCUCAAAAUCCAUUGUAAAUUUCUGGCCAUCCCCAAUGCUUUUUUAAAUCGAACAUUUAAAAAACUGUUUUGCUAUUGAAUUGAUUACGAAAGUCCCAACUUUUCAAAAGUUAGAGGCAGAAGAGUAAAAAAAUAAGGAAAAGUUGAAGUUUUCAACCGCGCAUCUCAAAAACGCGCCUUUCAGAUAGAGCAAAUAAAAUAUUAUUUUCCCCGAAUUGGAAUUUUAGCAAAAUUCCAAACUUGUAAAAAGUCUGCAGCAAAAUUAGGGAACGAUCGCACUUCAAAAUUGCGUGUCUGAGAAACGCUUAAAAAAUCCACUCAACCGUCAGAACAUUUUCCAUAAAGCGUCUUCAUAAAUGUAGCGAACUAAUGAGACUUUCCAAACAUUCCUGACCUCUAAGACGCUAAAAACAGACUGAUAAAAACUAAACAGAAUGGCAAAGUCAAAACUUGCGUAUCUCAGAAACCGUUGAUAAAACUCGUUCAACCAUAGGAGCCUUUUCGAUAGAGCGUCUCAAGCACAUGCAGAAGACGGAGGCAGGCGCAAAAAAUAAAAAAAAAUCAAAGCAGCUCCUUAACAAAAAUCUCCCUCAAGACCCUCUUCAUUUAAUAAACUUGGUAAAUUCUCUUCUAUGUCUCGCCUCUUUUGCGAACUUCUUUCGAGAUUCCAAACCAAAUACUCCAUCUAUAUAUUUACUAGAAAGCUACCCAUUUUGGCAAAUUGAUAGAAAGCCCUGCCGAUACAUGAUGGAUCUGAAAUGAUUCGGGCAUGAGCAACAUGGAAAAGCAUUUUAAUUCCAGUUCAGUGAAGAAAUUCCUGAGCUUUCGGCGCCUAAUGGCUUGAGGAGACAAGUGCGUCAAUGUUCCUCCAGGCCCGGGGAUCCAGACAAUACGCAAUUGUUUCAACCACAAUAGCUUUGUGUUCUAAAUACGCCAGCCAUUUACCGUUAUUUGCUAAUCAACUCACCGGCGGAAUGGACUCAAUGGCCUGCUGAAAAAAUCAUUCGAGUUUUUGAUAGAAAGCCAAAACCCACUUAAGCAAAAAAGUUGUUGCUGCUCUGCCUAUGGCAAGUUGCAUCUAAUUAGGUCUUUAUCACUUUCAGUCCCCAUCAACAGAUCCUUUUCACUUUACUUCUGUUUAUGAAUACAAUAAAUAUUUUCGUGAGUGUCGAGUGCAAACCUGCUGGCAUCUCGGGAUAAUUUAUCCAGAACAAUUUGGCAUAAACUGAGCUGUUUAUUGUUGCGGCUGAUAUAAAUAAGCAAUCAGUGGUUGUAAAUGAUGGGAAACAUCGCAUCGAUAAUGCAACUUUCAAUAUGCACUGCUCGAUAGAUGAAAAGCGAGUAGGAGUGAAACUCGUCGAGCCGGAAACCCAUCAAGAUGCAAUAAUGUUGAUGAUGCGAGCCAGAUGAAUAAUGUUAUUUGUGGAAAAUGUGCGGUUAUUUUAAGAAAAUUGCUCUCUUGUCGUGCCAUUGUCGCAUGUUCGAGAUCUUUCGAAUUCCUUUUCAUGCAUUAAACCAUCAGGAUUAGAAAUUAGGAGUUAAUAGGAAACGUGAAUUGGUUGCUUCGGUUAAGCGCACUCAUUCUAUGACGAUACCGAUUUGGAGCAAAGUGACUGAAAUGAGCGACUUUUUUGAAAAUUCCUGCAUAAUGCCCUCGAAGAUCAGCGGAUACGUUUUAAGGUGCAUUGAGCAUUUCGAGGAAAUGUCCGAAACAACAGAUCGUUCGUUUCUAGUUGCAAACUACUCGAAACCGGGACAAUGCAAUAUCAUAUAUUGCUCAGAUGGGUUUUGCCGUUUGGCCGGCUAUUCCAGAGCCGAAGUUAUGCAAAAGUCGGCCUCCUGCUCCUUUCUUUGCGGUCCACUCACCUCCCAACAGGCCGUCAGCGGAUUGAGGGAGGCUUUGCAGAAGGGAGUCGAGAAGCAUGCGGAGGUUCUCUAUUAUCGGAAGGACGGUUCAAAGUUCCUAUGCUCGGAAGUGAUCGCGCCGAUUCGAAGCGAGGUGGAUGACAUAUCCUUAAUCAUUAUAAACUUUGAGGACUUGACAACGGCGCCAGCGCCGUCUCUGGAAAGCAGCCCUGUGAGGAAAAACCGUCUGAGUAAAUUCGACAGAGCCCGGGCGUCCUUUCGGCAGAGUCUUCGCCUCGGUAGAGGUCGUGCCUUACGACUGGGAGGAUAUUUAACUCCCCCAAGUGACGUCACUGCCGCCGAAGAAGAAGAAGAUACCUUAGAACAAUGCCCGCUAACUUCGAACUCCCCAACGCCAAUUCUGUCGGAGCAAACGUGGGUCUCGCGCUCGGAAGCCCCCCAAUAUUCGCAUAUAAGUCCGCCCAUGGCCUCCCAGGGGGGCACAGUGCAUCGAGCCCCGGACUACACAGCGCUCACUAUCAGCCACAGUGCCCCUGCUAGUCAUCAGGCGAGUUUCGAAAGGGGAGAAAGUCAGGAAAGAGGAGGAUUAGCAGGAAGGAACAAUGGCAAUAAUGGAACCAGUAGUAAUAAUACUAGGCAUCUGCACUAUGCAAAUCAAAAUGCAGUGGCGUCUCAUCGAGUAACGCAUGCAACCAGUUUAGAUGCCAUUGCAAGGCGGCACUGUUUUAGAACAGGAUAUCCGGCCCAAACAAUAUCUAGUAAGCCGAUUCUGAACAAACAAUUCCCCAACGUUUCGUCAGAAAGCGAUCUUCAAAGAUACCGCACAGCGCAACAGUCGAAUGAUAGGAAAAGUCCCAGCUUAUCGAAUCCCACCGAUUCCUUAAAGCAGAAAGUCUGCCCACAAUUUUCGCUGCAAGACAACGGAUCUGCCAAGUACUUUCAAAGCGGCAUCCAUACGCCCAAAAUGGGAGAAAAAGUGGCACAGGUGCUGUCUUUGGGAGCGCGAGUUCUACCCGAAUAUGCGCUACAAAAGCCCCAAGUUAACAACUACACCAUUCUUCACUAUUCACCAUUCAAGGCGGUCUGGGAUUGGAUUAUACUGAUCCUUGUCAUGUAUACGGCCAUCUUCACUCCGUAUGUGGCCGCUUUCCUUCUGGGCGAACCCGAUUUUAACAACAGGAAGAACAAGAAGUACGGCGAAGAUCCCAUAGUGAUAAUCGAUUUAAUUGUGGACGUCACCUUCAUCAUAGACAUUCUGAUCAACUUCCGCACCACCUACGUUUCGGGUAACGAUGAAAUCGUCUCAGAUCCCGGAAAAAUCGCAGUCCAUUACCUGAAAGGAUGGUUCCUCAUCGACUUGGUGGCUGCGGUUCCUUUCGAUUUAUUAUUUUUUGGUACCGACACUGACGAGGGAUUAGUUAAUGGUCAGAAUAAACAGACAACGACGCUGAUUGGUCUACUGAAAACCGCCCGUUUAUUGCGAUUGGUGCGAGUGGCCAGAAAAAUCGACCGAUACUCGGAAUAUGGAGCUGCGGUUCUUCUGUUGCUAAUGGCCACUUUUGCUCUCAUUGCCCAUUGGUUGGCUUGCAUUUGGUAUGCGAUCGGAAAUGCAGAACGGCCAAAUCUUCAUGCCAGAAUCAGCUGGCUGGAUAUUCUGGCCAACGACACUCAACAGCCCUAUCUGGCCAAUGGAACUGGAGGACCCAGCAUUAAAAGCCGCUAUGUUACGGCCCUGUACUUCACAUUUACAUCCCUCACCAGUGUGGGGUUUGGAAAUGUGGCUCCAAACACCGAUGCUGAGAAGAUUUUUACCAUUUGCGUUAUGCUGGUUGGAUCUUUGAUGUAUGCGAGCAUAUUCGGUAACGUUUCGGCGAUCAUUCAAAGACUCUAUUCGGGUACUGCACGGUACCACACGCAAAUGUUGCGCGUUCGAGAGUUCAUCCGGUUCCAUCAAAUCCCCAACCCGCUCAGACAACGUUUGGAAGAAUAUUUCCAACAUGCCUGGACUUACACCAAUGGGAUCGACAUGAAUUCGGUCUUGAAAGGAUUUCCGGAAUGUCUUCAGGCCGACAUCUGCCUGCACUUGAACCGGAAUUUGUUGCAGAAUUGCGGAGUGUUUGAGGGCGCUAGUCCGGGAUGUCUUCGGGCCCUGUCGCUGAAGUUUAAGACAACACAUGCACCGCCUGGGGACACUUUGGUGCAUCGGGGCGAUGUGCUCACGUCGCUCUACUUCAUAUCCAGAGGCUCAAUAGAAAUCUUAAGGGAUGACAUUGUGAUGGCUGUGUUGGGCAAGUUUGAUAUUUUUGGCGAGAAUCCCUGUGUCCAUCACACUAUCGGGAAAAGUGCAUGCAAUGUACUAGCUCUCACUUACUGUGAUCUGCAUAAAAUCCAUCGGGACGAUUUGCUUGACGUUCUGGAACUCUAUCCUGAAUUCUUCAACCAUUUCCUCACGAAUCUGGAAAUAACAUUUAAUCUUAGAGACGAUGAGCAGGCCGGAGUGAUUGCUCGAAGAUCGUUCUACCCAAAAGACAAGGAAAGUCGGUAUUUUAGAGGAGUUCCCUCACGCUCCAAUGGGCUCAGUUCAAGAGCAAACUCUGUGAUUGGUCGACAGGAGAGUCAAUAUAGUGAUGAGUCCGAAUCUGGUCAUGGAAUUUUGGAAUUUUCUACAGAUAAAGCCGGCCAGGAUGUGACGCCAUUGAAUCUCGAUUUUGGCGAUGAAAAACGCCGAUCGUCCACCAUUAAUUCUAUUACAGGCAUGUUAUCGCAGCUGAAACGCAGCAUUCCAGACCUCAGGUUACACAAAACCCAUCAACCCUUAGUAGCACAAGCCACGCCCCCGUCCUCACACCGCGUGAGAACCAUCCGAAGACAGUCCUCCAUCGAAACGCAGCAGCAGGCUGCCGCCCCUCCAAUCGCCGCCACUGCCACCACCAGCCAUGCUCAUUCCAGUGCGCCGCUGUCCAGCAGCACCAGCUACUACACCAACAGCCCCAGUCCUCCGGUACCGCAAGGCGAUCAGCCGCAUGGGGAUGAGGUGUUGGUGCCAGUGGACGCGGGCGGAGGGCCUCCUCUUCCUCCCAACCUUGUACCUCAACAUUCCGAAAAAUUAGAGAUCAAUCGCUCCCAUUUAGACGCUUUGUAUAGCCAGUUAGAUACGUUAAGUCGGAAGGUGGAGACGUUGGAAAGCUCACUGGGGCACGAUGUGCGGACGAUACUGACGUUGUUGCAGGAGCGCUCCACUGUGAGCAAUGUGCCACCUUGUCCAAGCGGCCCGGUACCUGGAUGGUUCGUUGGUGAGGUCGCAAUGAUCAAGGAAUCUGAGGUUCCAGAAGAACAUUUAGCCAUCGAUUCUUCAGCCAGUCGCAGCCGAUCGACGUUUCAAAGGUCCGUCAGUGAGCCGAAGCCUAUCAGUAGAACGCAUCAUUCCCAAGUAUUACACAGGUUUGCCUCAUUUAAUAAAGCCUUCGAUUUUGAAAGAUUUCAAGAUUCCUCUUGGAUGGAAUGCCUUAUAUCCAAGGACAAGGACCUGCUAGACGAAAAAACCGCUCCCAUUGCUAAAUUAGAGUCUUUAGAUGAAUUAGAUUUGGAAUCUCCUCUAGGUAGUCCAAUAAAAAAGUUGAAAAAAUAGCGACUUCUAACUGUUAGAAAACUGGAAAAACAAAUUUAUCAGGGCUUUUCUUUGCCGAAACACAAGGAGUGGGGCCGACAAUGUUCAGCGGACAAGAACGGGCUCGCAAGUUGCUGGAAAAUUCGAUCCAGGAUUUGAGGAUGUGAAUUUGUGCAAAGCGCGCAGCAUUGAAUCUUCCAUUUCGCUCCAGGAAUUUCCCGAAUUUUUUUUGAAUCCACCUCCAAGAGCUUUCUAUUUGCAUUUAACGAUUCUGAAAAACGCAAAUAAACGACGGAUGGCCGCAGCUUUCUAAUAGACUGUUACAAAUUUAUUAUCUCCCUUAAGAUGUUAUACUUAAAUCCAUACACAAUAACUGACUGAAGUUUUUAUUUGUCGAGGGAUUACAGAAGUAUUGUUACACACAGUGAUAGUAUUUUUACUUAUGAUAUAAAUUCGUAAAUGCUAAGAGCUUGAUGAUUACACUUUUGUGAUGGAGCGGCAUGUUUUUAAAGCCAGUUUGUCUCAAUUGGAUUCAGUGCAAUAUUGGCUUUAAGAUGCAUUUCCGAUAGUGAGCGAGCAUAAACUAUACUGGGAAUACCAAAAAAAAUCCGUCUUGUAUUAUUAUUAAAGUAAUGAGAACAACGGUUAUAAAACUGUUUAUCGUUCUACAUAGCAUGGUUAAGAUUCGCCACAUUUCUUCUCAAACAACAAAGUUUCUCUAAUAAGUUUAUUGGCGUGCAACAGCUUGACUACGCAACUUGCAAACUGUGCAGAUUUUAAGGAAUUGGUGCAGAUGAACAAAGGUACUAAAAACUAGUUUAAAAGACUGCGCCAAUUCUUGGCACGAAAGCGUCUGCAGAUAUUGUUUCUGGUUUAGUAUUGUAUAAUCCCAUGUACAGAAACUGUUAACUGUUAACUGUUUAAGCCACUGUAAAGGAACUGGCACGAUUUUCCGUUGAUAAACCAAAGUGCAAAUUAAUAGGUAAAAUUGUAAUUAUUGUGAUAUCCCUUCCAUUGCCACUCAUUGGGUAAUGGUAGGAAAUCUAGGGCUAAGGAAAUCUUUCGCUUCUUCCUACGUCCGCUUUUUAAAGCUAAACAUUUCUGCUUUGAACGAAUAAUCCAGGGACUGCUUCAAAAGGACAGCAAUUUUCAAGAGGAUUCAAUGAAAGUAGGGACCUACUUAGUUCGGAUUAUGUACAUAGCUUAUAAGGCUUACAACGUUGAGCACCUUCACUAUAUCAAAUAACUUGAAAAGCAAUAAAAGUAGCGUUAAACGAGUCUAGUUAUCAGCGCUGAAAAUGGCGUUUAUGUAAAAACCCUGUUGGAACAUAAAAUUAAUUCUGUACUGUGAUAUGGGUGACAAAUGUAUAUUUUCUAAGUGCAUGAGCAAAAGUGCUUUAAAUCUAAGGCGAUAGUUUGUGAGUGUUGAGGUGGGCAAAGUCCAAAUGUUGUUAUUCUUGAGGAAAAAAAUGAUUGAAAUUAUGUUUCCUGUUUCGUUUACUGUAAGUAGACGUAAGCAGUUGCGUGGUCAAGCCAUUGUUCAAUACCGCUUGUUUUUCAUCACUAUUAAAGUACUUAUGAAGAAGUUGAAAACGCUUGUUACCUAUGAAAUAAAAAUCAUUAAAACGAGUACAUUUGAUAAGCACAAAAUAUAAUAUGUUUAUACACGUUUUAUCAUCAUAUUUUUAAUAAAUACUAUAUAAUUUUGAAAAAAGCCCAAAUAAAGUCGACGAGCUGUCUCUGUUUGAGGCACGUGCAGUUAUUGAAUCUU